GUUAUAUGAAGGAGACCGGAAUCGAACGUGUGUACAGCGGGACGGAAGUCACUUCUCCUAUGAGUAUUGCUUGAGAAGAGACGACCGCCGCCCCCCCACCGUGCUGUUUACACGUCUCACAGGGAGGAGGAAAUUGUAUUUUACACGACGCUCCACAUUCACUCCCCUGGCCUGGCGGUGGCACACUCUGUGACCUAAGCAUGAAACCAAGUCCUGAACACAAAGAAGAGGCCCCCAGGCGCUCAGAGUGUCAUAUCCAGAGUUUCCUAAAUGGAGGGAUGUCCAGCUUGCUGUCCACCAUCAUUGUCUUCCCUGUCUAUAAAACUGUUUUCCGUCAACAAAUCCACAACAACCCUGUUCAUGAGGCAGUAGGACAGCUCUUUAAAGAGGGACCUAGGAAGCUCUUCAGGGGAGUGACCCCACCAUUGCUGAUGAGAACCCUGAAUGGCACCUUGUUGUUUGGUCUCCAGGACGCUAUCCUCCACCAACUCAAGCUAUCAUCCCAAAGUGUCAUCUCCCCAUCUGCCCUGCCUGCUCUGGCUGGGUUUGGUGCAGGCAUGGUUGAAGCUGUGGUGUUCACCCCCUUAGAGCGCGUCCAAAAUGUGUUGCAGAACGGCCAGAAUGACCGUCAGCUACCCACCCUGAAUAGUGUUCUUGUCAGGCUGAGGGCACAGAGGCCGGCCACUGGGUACUACAGAGCCUUCCUGCCCAUCACGACCCGCAAUGCUCUAGGCAGUUCCCUCUACUUUGGUCUGAAGGAGCCCGUACGUGCUGCUCUGGCGGGAGAGUCGGUCCCUCCAAUGGCUUCCUCUUUUGUAUCAGGGGCACUGACCUCCAUGGCAAUCAGCUUGGCAUUGUACCCGCUCUCUGUGCUGGUGGCAAACAUGCAGGCACAGGUGGGUGGAGAGGUGAAAGGGGUCAUGGCUAGUUGGAGGCUGCUGUGGAAGUCUCGGGAGCAGAGUGUAGCUCUGCUUUACCGAGGAGGCUCCCUUGUUAUUUUGAGAUCGUGCAUCACAUGGGGAAUUAUAUCCGCUAUCUAUGACAGACAGCAGAAACACUCAGGCUAAGGAGACGCAGAGGAACUCUCUGAGAGAUAUCAAAUUGCCCGGUUAAACUACUCUCUUUGAAUUGAUAUUCAAAUAUAAUAUUACUGUAGCAUGCUCCCUUGGAAAUUUCCCAGGACCCCAUUUUGUCUUUGUGCAGAUGCCUCGUCCAGUCAAGUCCAGCAAGUACACGGGUGUCAUCCAUCAUCUCUUUCAAGCCAGCAAACACUGCUGAAUGCAGAAGCCAAAGUUAACGCACCACUGCCAGGACUUGAGCCCCUGUCUCUGAGAUGGUUGGUGAGGAUUUAACGUUAGCCAAAGUUGUUUGUGCAGUAUAGCAUAUGGUGCUAGGCAAUCACAAUUGCCUUGUAUUUUCAUUUGUCUUAAAGGGGACCUUUUGUAGCUUUUUUUACAAGGCAUGGAAAUGUCUAGCAAAAUGUUGCAUUAUAGGGAAAAGGGAGACCCAUACUUUUUCUCAUCCUCUGCUGCUUUAUUUACUGUCAUGGGGACAAAUGAAUGUUAAUGUUUAUUUAUAGGGCUGUGACAAAUAUGUUAUGACUCAGGAGUCAGCACUGAUACCUCACAACAUGAGGGUCCUGGGCAAGAAUCUGAAUCACCACUAAACUCUAUCAAUCCACACAGUGUGUAUCCUGCCCGGAGUGGGACAUGCUCCACUACCCCCUGCAAUCAGACCAGGACCAUGCAUGGAAGAAAUAAAUAUGUUAUUAUUCACAAAAUAAGUCUCAGUGAAAGAUAAAUUGUCCACAGCCUGUCUGUAAUCUCAGUGUUUACAUGUAAAUCGACAGAGAAUAAAUGUCCA